AUGAAGAAGGCAAGAAAGAAGGGACCGCCGUCGCGGCUGCUGAUGCCGAUAACGGUGAAGCGGCACAGGAGCAGCGACUCGGAGUCGUCGCUGUCGGACAGCGUCGUGUCCUCGGAGCUGGACGGCGAGUUCCCGCGCUCGCUUGGGACGCCCCAGACGCUUGAGUCCCUUCAGUUGCCCGAAAUACUUGAGCUGCUUGAGAUGCCUGAAUCGCCUGAGAUGCCCGAGACGCCUGAGACGUUUGAGGUGCCUGAGAUGUUUGAGGUGUCUGAGGUGCCUGAGAUGCUCGAGACGCCUGAGAUGCCUGAGAUGCCUGAGACGCCUGAGACUCCUGGAAUGCCCGAUACGACUGAGGUGCUUGAGAUUCCUGAGCUGCCUGAUACGCCUGAUACGCCUGAGAUGCCUGAUACGCCUCCGUCUCUGCCUCCGCCUCUACCUCCUCCUAUCCCUCCUCCUCUCCCUCCGCGCCUGCCUGGUACACCUCCACCUCCGCCGCCGCAGCCGCCACCGAUGCUUGCUGCGGUGCUGGUGCUGAGCCGCGGGCUGAGGGAGCGGGUUGGGAAGGAUUGUGGGAAGAGCGAGGAUAGGAAGAGCGUGAUUGUUUUGGACGAGGUGAAGAGUGAUUUGGGAGGGGAUGAUGAGGGGGAGGUGGUGGCCCCUAAAGAGGAGGAAGUGACAGUUGAGAAGGACGAGGUAGUGGCCCAGAAGGAGGAUGUAGUGGUCCAACAGGAGGAGGAAGUGGCCCAGAAAGAGGACAUGGUGGCCCAGAAAGAGGAGGUCGUUGCACAAAAAAAGGAGGCGGUGUCCCAGAAAGAAGAGGAGGUGGUGGUCCAGAAAGAAGAGGAGGUGGUCAAGACAGAGGAGAAAGCGGUUACCCAGAAAGAGGAGGAAGUGACAGUUGAGAGGGAUCCUAUCAAAUGGGAGAGGAGGAAGCUCAGAACAAAGAAGGAGAGGCAGAAGAAGCUUGUGACGGAGAAGUUGAGAUACUUCGAGGGGAUUCCAUGUCGGGAGGGGGAGAAUAAAAAGGAGUUAACGGGUUGGAGCAGGUGGGAGGAGAGGGAGAAGAGAAUGCCUGUGGUGGUGCCGGAGGGUGCCCAGGAGAAGUGUCUGCAGUGCAGCGUGAGGCGGCUGAGAUGCACGCUGACGAAGAAGCUGAUCGCUCCGAGAGGGGACGGGGUCUGGAGAGAAGGACCCUGCUGGCGAUGUGUCCAGCACGGGGAUGGGCACGAGUGUCUGGUGAAGCCUGGGCCGGCGGGCUGGGAGUUUGCGGAGAAGGACUUUACCGUGCUUCCCUACGACCCGACGGCUGACUUCUAUGCCAGGGUCACCAAGGAACGAGAAAUCGAGCUGGUGAAUUUCAAAGACGAGGGGAGGCAGCGAGAGAUUCUGGAGAAGUGGAUCGAGCGGGAUGAGAAGGUUGUGGUAGAUACCAUAGCCAGCUGCACCGGCAAGGUGAAGAUAUCCGCAUUCGCGCCUCCUAGACCUCGAAAUCAAAAGGAACUUGAACCAUUCCCAUACGAGGAAGGUGCUACUGUUAUUCUUAGACGGUCAGUUUAG